UUAACGCAUGUGAAUGAGUAUGGGGAUGAUUACGGUAAAGAGUGGGUUUAUUUCCCUGAUGGAGACGGGAUACCACAUUUCGUGAAUUUUUCCUCUAAAAUGGACCAGUUUAUACCCAGACAAGUGCAACACAUAAACGUCACUUACAAACUCUAUACAAGCAAUAACGCAGAAAAUUAUACUACUUUAGAUGAUUACGCCAGAAUUGAAGACAAUAUUCCGGAGUUUAAUUUAUCAAGAAUACCAUUAAAAAUAAUAACACAUGGUUGGAUGUCAUCUACUGAAAAAUAUUCUAUUAAAAGCAUCAAAGAUGCUUAUGUAAAAUAUAGGAACGUAAACGUUAUAACCGUCGAUUGGAGUUCUACGGCAGACUCGAUAUUUUAUAAUUGGGUUGCAAAUCAAACUAUUACUAUCGGAGCACAGAUAGCCAUUUUUUUGGAAGAACUGAAAAAAUUAUACAACGUCUCAGGUGAUCAAAUUCAUUUAAUUGGACAUAGUCUGGGAGCUCAUGUUAUGGGUAUAGCUGCUCAUCAAUCUAAUUUAACUAUUGGAAGAAUUACAGGACUCGAUCCAGCCAGACCAUUAUUCGAAUAUCCUAGCAGAGAUAACACAGAAAAAUUAGACAGCACGGACGCCAAAUUUGUGGAUAUUAUACACACUUGUGGUGGAGUAUUAGGUAUAGAAUCCGCUGUAGGUACAGCUGAUUUCUAUCCCAAUAGCGGAAUUCCACCCCAACCAGGGUGCGACUCCAUACAAAAAAUAUUUGAAGCAUGCAGUCACGGACGAUCCCAAAUUUAUUUUAUCGAAUCAAUUAAAAAUAUAAAAGCGUUUCCUGCCUUUAAAUGUGGUCGUUGGUUAGAUUUUUUAAGCAAUGACUGUGAUCAAUUAAGUUUUAUGGGAGAAGGAGUAAACACGAAUGUUAAUGGGAAAUUCUAUUUGAAGACGAAUCCAACCGAACCUUUUGGGCGAAGUUUAGAAACUAUUUGCUUACUAACCUAGAAUAUUAAGUAUCUAUUAUGAAAGACAUUGUGAACUGACAAUAUAUAUAUUAUCCUUGUAUUAUAAUAUAAAGCUUGAUGUAACAUUAAAUAAAUUGUUAUCAUUUUCUGAAAUUAACAUUUACAUAAUAUAUUACAUAAGUAUAAAAUAAAUUAUAUUUUAAUUAUUCGUUCUUUAUAAAGUGGAUGCACACUCCAUUUCCUUGUAGUUUAAGAUUCAAAUUCUUCAUCGUCCAGAGCGAUCACAAUCACCGCUAAUUCCAG